AUGGACAUGGCGUUCCGACGCCGUUCAUCUGCCAUCGCUCUUCUCUUCUUGGCCCUCGUCCUCUCCUUCCUCGCCGGUCCAGCCACGGCCAGGAAGACCGGCCAGCUCACCGUCUUCUGGGGCCGGAACAAGUACGAGGGUUCCCUCCGUGAGGCCUGCGACACCGGCCUCUACACCACCGUCAUCAUGUCCUUCUUCAACGUGUUCGGCCACGGCAGGUACUGGACCGACCUCUCCGGCCACCCGGUGCCCGGCGUCGGUAACGACAUCAAGCACUGCCAGUCCAGGCACAUCACUGUGCUCCUCUCCAUUGGUGGAGGCGGCGACGGCUACUCCCUCCCAUCCUCCAGGUCCGCAGCGGACGUCGCCGACCACCUGUGGAACGUCUACCUCGGUGGAAGACGUAACGGCGUGUUCCGACCGUUCGGCGACGCCGUGGUCGACGGCAUCGACUUCUUUAUCGACCGCGGAGCGCCGGACCACUACGACGAGCUGGCCCGGAACCUCAACAGGUACAGCGGCCGUGGCAAGAAGGUGCACCUCACGGCGACGCCACGAUGCGCGUUCCCGGAUUGGCACGUGGAGAGGGCGCUGGCAACGGGGCUGUUCGAGCGCCUGCACGUUCGGUUCUACGACGACGCGAGAUGCUCGUACAACCGCGCCGGCCUGCGCGGGGUGAUAGAGGAGUGGAGCAAGUGGACGGCGAGGUACCCGAGGAGCCAGGUGUACCUCGGCUUGGCGGCGGCGAACGUGCCCGGGAAGUACGGCGACAAGGUGUCCCUGGAGGCGCUCUACUAUGACCUGCUGCCCAACGUGCAGAAAGCGGGCAACUACGGCGGCAUCAUGCUCUGGGACAGGUUCUACGACAAGCAGACCAGAUACGGCGCCGCCGUCAAAUACUGGGCUUAA